UCGCUUCUCUGGCUCAUCGGAGCCACAGAAAGAGCUCAGCAAAGCUCGUUCGUGUUCGCCAUCGCAAUAUCUCUUCCCGUUUCGCCGACCGGUGAGUCGUCACAGCGCGUCCGCAGCAUCGCGAAUCGGUCGUACUCGUACCCGGCCACCGCCCACCAGAUGGCGACGACGGCGGUCGCCCUGUCGCCGCUGCGGCCGCCGCCCUCCGUGCCUAUAGCCGCGCUCCGCUCCAGCUCUCGCGCGCCCGCGGCGGCGGCGGCCGGGACGAACCGGAACCGAGUCCGAGCGUUCGGGGACUUCAGCCAUUUCGCCGGCGCGAUCAAGAAGGACGCGAGCUUCCUGAAGAAGAGGAUCGGCAGAGGCAUCGAGUGGGCGAAUGAGGCGUUCCGCAUCCCGUUGUUCGCCAAAACCCUCGACGAUGUGCUGUGGCUUAGGGUUUUGGAGAGUCCUGACGCUCCUCCCGUCGAGGAUAGGCCUUGGCCUCGACCUUGCUAUCCGGAACUCUCUGGGUUGGACUUGGUCAUGGCUGAUCUCAGAGCUUUGGAGGCAUAUAUUGCUUAUUUUUACUGUCUAUCAAGGGUCUGGUCAAAGCCACUUCCUGAAGUCUAUAAUGCAGAAGAUGUCGCUUAUUAUUUCAGUUGCAGACCUCAUCUUGUGGCCCUUCGCCUCCUUGAGGUCUUCUUCUCCUUUGCAUCUGCCACUGUCAAAAUUCGAGCAUCAGGAAUUGGCAGUUUCUUAAGAUUGAAUUCAGAUAAGGACACUAAUGGCAACAUUUCCCAGUACGAUUUUGGGUUGGCAUUGAAAGAAACAAUGUUAAAUCUGGGGCCCACUUUCAUCAAAGUUGGACAGUCACUUUCCACGAGGCCAGAUAUUAUCGGUUCUGGAAUUUCAAAGGCACUGUCUGAGCUGCAUGAUCAGAUACCUCCUUUUCCCAGGACUGUGGCCAUGCAAAUCAUCGAGGAAGAGUUUGGCUCUCCUGCCCAAUCAGUCUUCAGUUACAUUUCUGAGGAUCCUGUUGCUGCUGCGUCAUUUGGUCAGGUCUAUCGUGGAAAGACUCUUGAUGGACUUGAUGUGGCUAUAAAAGUUCAACGUCCUAAUUUGCGACAUGUGGUUGUGCGGGAUAUCUAUAUUCUCCGUCUAGGGCUGGGGCUAGUGCAAAAGAUAGCUAAGAGAAAAAGUGACCUCCGACUGUAUGCCGAUGAGCUUGGGAAAGGUUUAGUGGGAGAAUUGGAUUACACCCUAGAAGCAUCAAAUGCUACAAAAUUUUUGGAAACUCAUUCCCACUUCACUUUUAUGCGUGUUCCAAAAGUAUUGGAACAUCUUACUCGGAAGAGGGUUUUGACAAUGGAAUGGAUGGUUGGUGAGAGCCCAACUGACCUACUUGAAGUUUCUACUUCAAAUACUAUGGUUGGUGGCUAUGCUUACUCUGAGAAGCAAAUAUUUGACGCGAAGAGGCGCCUUCUUGAUCUGGUUAGCAAAGGGGUCGAGUCAACAUUAGUUCAGCUCCUCGAAACAGGAUUGCUGCAUGCAGAUCCACAUCCUGGUAACUUGCGCUACACAUCAACAGGACAAAUAGGGUUUCUAGAUUUUGGUUUGGUUUGUCAAAUGGAAAGGAGACAUCAACUCGCAAUGCUUGCCUCCAUAGUACACAUAGUAAAUGGGGACUGGGCAUCCCUUAUUCAGGCAUUGACUGAAAUGGAUGUCGUAAGGCCAGGAACUAAUCUACGGCGUGUUACCAUGGAUUUGGAAGAUGCGUUGGGAGAAGUGGAGUUUAGAGAUGGGAUUCCUGAUGUCAAGUUCAGUCGUGUUCUUGGAAAUAUAUGGUCCAUUGCCCUCAAGUACCAUUUCCGCAUGCCACCAUACUACACUUUGGUCCUACGUUCUCUUGCAUCUUUGGAAGGUUUGGCAGUAGCAGCUGAUCCAAAUUUCAAGACUUUUCAGGCUGCAUAUCCAUUUGUUGUCAGGAAACUCUUGACUGAAAAUACAGCAGCAACAAGGAAAAUUCUUCAUUCGGUGGUUUUCACCAAGAAAAAGGAGUUCCGGUGGGAAAGGCUCUCUUUAUUUUUAAAAGUAGGGGUUACUAGAAAAAGCAUGCAAGGUGUAAGAGCGUUAAAUGAUGACGCUUCACUUGAUAUUAUCCCAAACAGAACCGCCAGUGCUUUUGAUGUUGCGAAUUUGGUCUUAAGACUUCUGCCCUCUAAACAGGGCAUUGUGCUUAGAAGACUCUUAAUGACUGCAGAUGGAGCUUCUUUGAUCGGAGCAAUCGUUUCAAAGGAGGGAGGAUUCUUCCGGCAGCAACUGUGUGGGAUAAUUGCGGACAUACUAUACCAGUGGAUGCUUGGAGCUAUUGGAAGCAGCACUCGAGAAGCUCAAUACAACUCCCAAGUGAAGUUGGCAAGUGGGACAAGCGACUAUGAACUAGGUCCUUCUUCCGGAUGUUCCACGUCCAUCUACGAUUAUCAGUCCAUCUUUAGAGAUAGACGGCUCAGAGUCAUCUUCUCGAAGGCACUUCGCUCUGCACAAAGUGAUCCAGUGCUGAUGCUGAGAUUCUGCUGGUCUUCAUUGGUUAUCUUCAUGACAGCUACGGCUUUGGCUUGUCAUCGGGUGGUGGUGAAUCUCUCUGAAGCCUAUCUGGGCCCCAUGUCAUUUGCUCCCAAGCAAUUCGCAAUCAGCACAUGAGAUUCGUAACUGGUAACAUCGGGAUAAGUGGCCACCAAGUGCGGGGCAGAUUUCCCAGGAUUCUUGGUAGUACAGAUGGUGAGGGCGAGCAUCAUCUAAAAGCCUGACUGACAUGCAGCUUCUUAUUGCUCUCGAGUUAUCUAUAUAGAGCUAUUGGUUAUUUACCUAUCACUCGACCCAAACCUCAGUUGCAUUUUAUAGUGGGAGCCGGGAAGUGAUCAGGAUGAAGGCUGGUCAAUCUUGCAUGAAGGAUGCUAAGAUUUGUGAAUGUGUGUAGAGUAAGGUGAAUUAUGUACAGAGUAGGGUACAUGUGUAGUAGACCAGAAAUAUGAUAUAUCCUCUUGGGAUGCUCAUUUUGGAUAUAAUUACCUUUGACUCUGAGGCUGAGACAUUGUAAUUAAGUCGUAAAAGAAGUUUGAGCAUCGGAAAAAUUGCUAAGUGUAAAAUGUAGAACCAUUAUGUCAAAAUCAAUCAUGCGGGUUUCGCA